UGGAAACAGUUUGGUUUUCUAAGUAUUACAAGGAGGAAUCAUCCUUUGGAUAGGUUGGGCUCUGUUAAAACUACUGGCAUCCCUGAUGCUAAUUCUACCUUGAUGACUGAGCAUCAAAAAGAUUAUCGUGAUGAGAUAACGUUGUGAUUGCUUAUAGCAACCCAAUUCCUGAUGAGGUUUUGGGGAUCCACACCUGCAAUGCAACCUCUUACAGUAUUAGUGAAUUGGACAAUGAAAAGUAGGAGGGGGCAAUUGCUGAGAAUGUUCCCGAGAAGUUCCUUAAUUGCCAAAUUUCCCUUACCUAGAACCUAUACCUACACAGACCAUAUCUGCUUGCGGAGGCGAGGAGAAACUCUCUUGAUACCAAAUGCCUGAAUGCAUCAACCAUAAAAUGAGAACUUCUGCAAUGACUCUCUCCUUGAUUUGUGUUAGAAUACUCAAUGGGGACCAUCUCUGGUCGAGAACGCUUGAGAAGCAACGAUAUUACUUGCUAAGAUCAGCUUGCUAUAACUAGUUAUAAGUUCUCAUUGGAUUUAUGUUAAAUUAGUGAUUCUGCUUAAUCAAUGAUCUUACUCUGCUUUGUGGUAGCUCGUUCGGAGUCGAAAGGCACUCCAGCCCAAGGGACUUCUAGAAAUCCUUUUUCACGACAUAUAGAAAGUGUUAUCUGAGCUGAUUUAGAACCGCAGCGCUUCUCAGCGUGCGUCAGAUUGCAAAAGGUUAUAGCCCCCGCGAUAGGACUAUCGCCAAGAAUCAUUCACCAGUUCCCCUCGACCUACCAAAGAACAUUAUCCUAAAGAACUGAGCUUAUCAAUAUCAGUCAACAUUUUUAAAAUGCCGAGCAGAGAGCAGCCAAAAAUCCAGAGCUGGUGAUCCCAGAAAAGCAAAGGGAUAGAGGCCUUCCAAUUUGUCUGGCUUGUAGACAGAACCAUUGGAUGACAUAACAAUACCAACGGUUCAAUGCAUUGCUAUCGAAUUCAGUUCAUGGUGCUUCCACAUAGGCUUGGUAGUGUAAUCCACCGAGGGUUUCCAAGUAUAAAUAUUUUUUGGUUCCUUUUUCUUCCAUUUAGCCUUCACCAGUUGCUGCCUUCUUUUCCUAUAUAUUAGGAAAGUGGUCUCCUCUUGCUUCUUGCCAAAAAAUGAUGGGUCAUCGAGGGGAAGCACGAGAAGAAAAAUUGCGGAAAGGACCUUGGAUUGAGCAGGAGGAUGAGAUUUUAACUGCCUUUGUCACUGUUUUAGGGGAGAGGCGGUGGGAUUACAUUGCAAAAACAUCGGGUCUCAAGAGGAGCGGCAAGAGUUGUCGUCUACGAUGGAAGAACUAUCUUUGCCCCAAUCUCAAGCACGGUCCCAUUAGCCCGGAAGAGGAGAGGAUUAUUAUUAAAUUUCACGAGCAAUGGGGCAACAAGUGGUCUAGGAUAGCAGAAAAGUUGCCAGGAAGAACCGACAACGAGAUCAAGAACUUCUGGAAAACCCAUUUGAGGAAAAAAGUGCAGUCUUCAAAACAAGCUUUGAUAGGAGCUGCUUGCGACGACCCAGAAUCUCAAAUGAGCAAAAUUAAUCAAGAUUCCAGCUUGUCUAAUGUGGUUUACCAAUGCAAACAAAAGCAGGACUGUCAAGACCACUUCCCAAUUGCUGAUAGCUCGAAAGCCACGGGUAGUUCCUUGAACGUUCUCAGUUUCUCGGACUUUUCACACUUGAAUUCUCCAUAUGAGAUCCGCUUGUUGGAUUGGAUGUCGGAGUUCGGGAAUGAUGCAAACGAAGUGAAUUGUGUGGACUGUAAACACUGGGGCUUGUGCUUUUGUUUUCCAAAAUGGGAUUUUGAAGAAGUUGAUAAUUCCAUAUGGAACUGCCCGGGAUACCUUUGGGAGUAAUUUCUUAGGUCUUCCUUCGGGUGCUUGAAACACCCGCCCUCUUGAGAAUGCAAGGAUCGAGUUGGUUAUUAUCUGGUAGAUCAUCUUGUACCUAAACUAGUUUUGUUCAUAGAGAGGUGCAACCCAUUGAAACCAAGCCAAUAGAAUUGCUAAGUUUAGAGCUUAUGCUCUAC